AUGAAUGUUCUGACAGUAGCGUCACUGGGUCUGCUCCUGUCCAUCAGACGUUUCCAUGGUGAUAAGUGUGUGGUUCUGGGACGUGUGUUCAAGUCUGCCCCACAUACACACCCCCACAUUCUCCCCCGUCUGCCCCACAUGCACACCCCCACGUUCUCCCCCGUCUGCACCACAUACACACCCCCACAUUCUCCCCCGUCUGCACCACAUACACACCCCCACAUUCUCCCCCGUCUGCACCACAUACACACCCCCACAUUCUCCCCCGUCUGCCCCACAUGCACACCCCCUCGUUCUCCCCAGUCUGCCCCACAUACACACCCCCACAAUCUCCCCCGUCUGCCCCACAUACACACCCCCUCGUUCUCCCCCGUCUGCACCACAUACACACCCCCACAUUCUCCCCCGUCUGCCCCACAUACACACCCCCACGUUCUCCCCAGUCUGCCCCACAUACACACCCCCACGUUCUCCCCCGUCUGCCCCACAUACACACCCCCACGUUCUCCCCCGUCUGCCCCACAUACACACCCCCACAAUCUCCCCCGUCUGCCCCACAUACACACCCCCUCGUUCUCCCCCGUCUGCACCACAUACACACCCCCACAUUCUCCCCCGUCUGCCCCACAUACACACCCCCACGUUCUCCCCCGUCUGCCCCACAUACACACCCCCACGUUCUCCCCCGUCUGCCCCACAUACACACCCCCACGUUCUCCCCAGUCUGCCCCACAUACACACCCCCUCGUUCUCUCCAGUCUGCCCCACAUACACACCCCCACGUUCUCCCCAGUCUGCCCCACAUACACACCCCCACGUUCUCCCCCGUCUGCCCCACAUACACACACCCUCGUUCUCCCCCGUCUGCACCACAUACACACCCCCACAUUCUCGCCCGUCUGCCCCACAUACACACCCCCACGUUCUCCCCCGUCUGCCCCACAUACACACCCCCCACGUUCUCCCCCGUCUGCCCCACAUACACACCCCCUCGUUCUCCCCCGUCUGCCCCACAUACACACCCCCACGUUCUCCCCCGUCUGCCCCACAUACACACCCCCACGUUUUCCCCCGUCUGCCCCACAUACACACCCCCACAUUCUCGCCCGUCUGCCCCACAUACACACCCCCACGUUCUCCCCCGUCUGCCCCACAUACACACCCCCACGUUCUCCCCCGUCUGCCCCACAUACACACCCCCACGUUCUCCCCCGUCUGCCCCACAUACACACCCCCACGUUCUCCCCCGUCUGCCCCACAUACACACCCCCACGUUCUCCCCAGUCUGCCCCACAUACACACCCCCACGUUCUCCCCAGUCUGCCCCACAUACACACCCCCACGUUCUCCCCCGUCUGCCCCACAUACACACCCCCUCGUUCUCCCCCGUCUGCACCACAUACACACCCCCACAUUCUUGCCCGUCUGCCCCACAUACACACCCCCACGUUCUCCCCCGUCUGCCCCACAUACACACCCCCACGUUCUCCCCCGUCUGCCCCACAUACACACCCCCUCGUUCUCCCCCGUCUGCACCACAUACACACCCCCACAUUCUCCCCCGUCUGCCCCACAUGCACACCCCCUCGUUCUCCCCAGUUUGCCCCACAUACACACCCCCACGUUCUCCCACGUCUGCCCCACAUACACACCCCCUCGUUCUCCCCCGUCUGCACCACAUACACACCCCCACAUUCUCGCCCGUCUCCCCCACAUACACACCCCCACGUUCUCCCCCGUCUGCCCCACAUACACACCCCCACGUUCUCCCCCGUCUGCCCCACAUACACACCCCCACGUGCUCCCCAGUCUGCCACAUAUACACACCCCCACGUUCUCCCCCGUCUGCCCCACAUACACACCCCCACGUUCUCCCCCGUCUGCCCCACAUACACGCCCCCACGUUCUCCCCCGUCUGCCCCACAUACACACCCCCACGUUCUCCCCAGACAGCUGCUCACAGAGAAGCAGACUCCUCAUUAUCUCUACAGAAGUGAGAAGACCGGCGCUCCAAUAACCUAUCAGAGCCUUGUCAUCCCAUCUCCUCCUCUCCAUCCCGUCAACCCCUGGCCAACUCCAGCCUCUACACACCACCUCACCCUCUCCCCCCGUCUCCAACCCAGGGGCUUGUCCGGGUAA